ACUCCACCGCCUGGAGCGAUCUACCAAGUGCGAAUCCCCGGGUUGUGGGGGUGUUGCGUGCGGCGUUACCCCUAGGAUACCGUUUCGUUUCUUAUCGUGGCUCUCAAGAAAUGUUUCCAAAUUUUAGAUGGCCGUGAUUGCAAUCACCCGACCAGCGGCCUCCCCGGGCCGCCAUUUUGGCUGACGUAGAGAAACAAGGGAUUCUGGCCGGUUGUGCGCUGUCGCGCGGUUUCGGUCCGUGGAGUGCGGACGUGGAUCGUUACGCGGUAGCGUCGGAGGCCGCGGGAGGAGAAACACAAGUGAUCAUCGUGUGGGUGAGAGAGUGAUUUUGUGCGGUUAUGGGUGGUUGAGUGAGCCGUGAAGAUUUGGGGUGGCAAGCUUCUUCGCGCUGUGCCGUCUCCGUAGACGAUUGCGUGCGGACGCCUGGCGCAUGUCUGUGGAAGAUCCCUUCGAUGGAUGUGAUUCCUGUGUAAUUUUGGCUUUGACUAUGUAUUCUUUUCAUUGUUAGUUCUCGAAUACUUAGUCAUGGCACAGCUUCUGAAUAAAGAUCCGGCAGUGUACAAGAAGGAGGCGGAAGCAUUCUUCUCUGACCUGAAGGGUUUCCAUGGAGGCAGAGGAACGGCCUUUCAUCGGACUCCAAAGAUCGGGGGAAGAGAUGUGGACCUGUAUCUUCUGUACGUGCUUGUGACAACUCGAGGAGGGUGGGAAAAGGUGAACGACUACAACGAGUGGGACACGCUGGCGCCGCUGUUCGAGAUGCCCGUCGCCUGCGUGAACGUCGGCCUGGCACUGAAGCAGAUCUACCUGAGGUACCUGGACCACUACGAGAAGGUGCACUUCCACGGCGAGGAGCUGUACGGUCGGCACGACGAGGAGAUGAUCCUGCACGACACGUCGUCGCGCUCGUCGCGACGCCACAACGUGCGGGCCCUCAACGCCGUGCCCAUGACCUACAACACCGGCCAGCACAUCGUCUCAGACUCGCUGCGUCAGUCGCUGGGCAUGAGCCAGCCGCGGCCGCCGUCCGAGUACGAUCGGCUGCUGCUGUCGCUGCUCAGCCCGCUACCCAACGAGCAGGACUUCGCCAUCAACCUAUGCACGCUGCUCAGCAACGAGGGCAAGCAUGAGCUGCGGCUCAGUCGGCACCCGCGCCUCAUGGGCGCGCUGCUGGCCCAUGCCGGCGUCUUCACCGACGGCUAUACGCAGAAGUACAUGCUGGAGAACUACUCGCGGACCAAGCGACAGAACCUGGUGGCGUUCUGGCGCGACAGUCUGACGGAGAAGAAGCUGCUGCGCCUGCUGUCGGUGCAUUACGCGCCGGAGCGGCGGCCGCUGACGGGGCCGGCCGGCGCGCACGACUCGGCGCUGCUCUUCUCGCCGGCGCGCGCCGAGCUGCACCAGCUCGACGCCGAGGUGGCGGCGCUUGCGGCCGCCGGCGCCGCUGCCGACGACGACGACGCGCUCUUCUGCCUGGGCACGCAGCUGGGCGUGCUGGAGCGGACUGGGCACCGCGUGCUGCAGGUGGCGCAGGUGCUGCGCAGCCUCAGCUUCGAGCCGGAGAACGCAGCCGUGAUGGCGGCCAGCGCCGCGUGCCUGCGCUUCCUGCUGCUGUGCGCCCACUGCCGCUGGGGCAGCCUGAGCAGUAGCGCGCGCGACACGCUCGGCAACCUGGCCGGCGAGGUGGUGCUGCGCGACGCCGCCUCGGACCGGCUGGGCCGGCUGCUCGUGCAGUACGCCGGCCGCGGCGUGCAGCACGCCGACCGCUCGGUCGUGCUCGCCAGCCUCGAGGUGCUCAACAAGCUGGCGCAGAACGAGCGCAACGAGGAGCCGCUGGCGGCCGCGCUGGACGCGCGCCUCCUGCAGACGGUGUGCACGUACCUGUCGCUGCACGACAUCCUGCUGCUGAUCGCCAGCCUCGAGUGUCUGCUGGGCCUGACGUCGCUGGGCGAGGACACGUGCCGGGCGGUGGCGCGCGCGCCUGGCGCCGUCACCACGCUCGUCUCGCUCGUCACCGUAGAGGCUCAGAGCUACGGCCCGCGUGCCUGUAUCCUCAUGAAGGUGAUGCAGACGCCGUGCAGCGUGCCGGCGCCGGCCGCCGCUGUCUCGCCCGCCGCGGCUGUCACCGUGCUGACGUGGCAGGGUCCGUUGUCGCACGUGGCGUCGGCGCCGGUGACGGAGAACAGCCUGUGGACGGUCAAAUGGCUGCAGACGGUGUGCGAGGUGUCGCCCGGCCAGAGCAUCGAGCAGGGCGUGCUUUACAAACAGUACACGGCCUCGGCGGCCGCCCAGCACUGGAAGGGCGUCAUCACGCAGGGCGAGUUCGCCAACUGCGUCAAGUCGGUGUUCGGUUCGUCGGUGAACGCGGUCGCCAAGCGACUGGCCAACGGCGGCACCGAGUACCACUUCGAGGGCAUCCGCUCCAAGCUGCAGAUCGUGACGACGGUGGUGCAGCCGCCGCAGCCGGAGCCGGCCGUCGCCACUAGUCAGGGGCCGGCCGGCCGCCACCUCUCGCAGGCGCUGAUGGGCGGGCCCGGCCACCAGCGGCCCGAGCCGGCCGCCGCCUCCAGCUCGCUCAUCAAGUCCCUGCUGGCCAGCAAGGUACCGCCGCACCCGCCGCAGCAGCAGCAGCACCAGCAGCAGCCGCAGGAGUCGGCGCCGGCCGUCUCGGCGUCACCGACAGGUGGCCUGAGCCCCAGCUGUUUUAGCACGCCGCAGGCCCAGGUGGCCAGGAACAUGCAGAACAAGCGGCUGGCCGUCAACGGAGUGGGCGAGACGGAGCCGCUGCCGGGCGAGCUGGCCGACCCGGCGGCCGGCGGCGACGGCGCCGUGCACAACGGCAUCAAGCCGGCGCCCAACAGCGGCUCGCGGCCGCCCAGCCGCGCCGCCAGCGAGGGCCUGCUCGCCGACCUGCUGGAGCGCAAGAUCGCGCCCGUCAACGGCAUCGACAAGGAGCUGCGCAUCGGCGAGCGCGGCCUGGAGCUGGUCAACAACAACAACGGCAGCGCCGGCGGCGACGAGCGCACGGUCAACGGCGGUGCCGCCUCCCCGGCCAAGCGCAACGGCACCGACCUGCUGGCCUCGGCGCUCGACAUGGCCGGCCUCAUGGACGACCUGGGCGCCAUGGACGACGACGAUCCGCCGCCGGCCAGCCCGCCGCCGCCGCCGGCGGUGGUGAUGGUGCCGCAGAGCAUGGCCAACAUGGUGCUCAAGCUGCCGGCUAAUGGCGCCGGCACCGGCAACGUGGUGGUGGGCCAGCCGGCCGUGGGCCAGCCGCAGACGGUGCUGGUGGCGCAGACGCCGCAGCAGCAGGGCACGGCCACGCGCACGCUCAUCUUCCUGCCGCCACACCAGAAGGUGUACGUCUCGCAGCCGGGCGCCACGCACCAGGGCCAGCUGAUGGUGCAGGUGACGCGCGCCAUGUCCGGUACCACCCAGGUGGUCAACAGCACCGUGGUGACGGGCUCGCGUGCCGCCCAGCAGCACCUCGUGGCGCCGACGCCAGAGAGCGUGGGUCGCCCGCUGCCGGCCGGCCUGCUCUGCGAGUGGCGUGGCUGCCUGCGCGGCUUCCCGACGGCGCACGCCGUCUACCAGCACGCCAUCGAGACUCACUGUCCGCCGCAGCUGAGCGACAUCCCCUGCCUGUGGGAGCGCUGCGACGGCAUGAUCCGCAAGCGCUACUCAAUGAUGACGCACCUGCAGGACCGGCACUGCGCCGAGCCGAUGCUGCGGCUGAUGCGGAAGCGGCGCGAGCAGCUGCAGGCCACCGGCAAGACGGACAUCCCGACGCCGUCGGCGCCGCCGCCGCACCCGGGCUACGCCAACAACGCGGCGCUGCAGGCGAUCCGGCGGCACGCGCUCACCGAGGCCAAGCCGCCGCCCGACGAGAAGGAGGGGCCCGUCACAAAGUCGAUCCGGCUGACCGCCGCGCUCAUCUUGCGGAACAUCGCCGUCUUCUCGCAGCACGGCCGCAGGGUGCUGCGCGCGCACGAGAGUCACCUGCUGAACGUGGCGGCGAGCAGCGCCGAGUCGUCGCGCACCAUCGGCCAGCUGCUUGCUGACUUGCACGAGGUGGACCCGAGCUGACCCCCGGCGGCCGGCCCUGAGGGCCCGGAGCCUGACCUCAGCUGACCAACGUCCGCCCAGCAACACCCCCAACUGUGAUGUCACCCCAACCACUCAUUCUCACCACCUGCGAACCCUUCAUCGGCGUUGCGAGCGUGCGCCCGUGUCUCAGGCUUAUUUUGUCAAGGGUGCGGUGGCCUGACCCGCCAUCUGUUGUGCAUAGCGGAAAGUACAAAGUCGCGUUUUAGGCACCGGAGGCGCCGUUCGUGCUGGGCAAAUCGGUUGUUGUCGAUGUCUUGUUUACGCUGCGGUAACCUUGCGCACUUUCUGGGAUCGUGUCGUUCUGCCUUAGAUGGUGCAGCGACGUUGCUUUUGUAGGUGGCGAACUUUUGUAUUUACAAGACUGCUGUUAUUUAUGUAAAAACAAGGUUUGUAUCAUCUGAUAAGACCAUCUGAGGAGGAUGUGUAGAGCAGACGGGCGGAGGCUAGUCAGCGGGUUCCCACUGAACGAGAUCCGACGUUUUUAUUGGAGGGGCAACCUGUUCUUCUCACGAGCGCCUUUAUCGAUAAUAAAUUUUAUUGCA